GUUAGGCGUGAGAGAUGAGGGAAUUUGGUUUGUGCCAUGGUUGUUCCACCGUCAACCAAUCAUGGACGUAGCACCUCGUCACUGACGAUUAUAGGUCUCAAAGUCGACUAUGCAGCAAGCUGGUAUAAGGCAAGCCACUCAGAAUACAACUAUCACCCACAUACCACAAUUGUCUUAACUGCAGCUUACGGCAAGAGGAGAAACAGUCAAAUGGGUAGCAACAAUAUUGUGUGAUAUCAAUGUGUAUGAAUGAAGGAGGGUGGGCAGAUUUAUGAUAACAGUAGCGCUAUGGUACAGUGAUCCAAUUUGACGCCUGUAUGACGCUCAUUCUGGCGACAAUAACUGUAGCAGUCGCUUUAAUUUCAAGAUGUUGAUGAUUGCACUCUAUAAAGUGACGAUUCAAUAUUGCCUCAAGACAGUAUGCUGACCACUACCAUUGAGCAUUAACUAGAGAUUAUUCAGAAAGUCAUUUCGACGAAGAGGAAGCACUUCUUAUCACUUCUCGUCAUCGUCGACAUUUUCAUCACCGGUACUCUGGGAACGACGGCGGAGAAACAUCAGUACAAAGUCAAUCCUAAAAGCUUGGGGGUUUUGUUUAAGAAGUGACUUUAUUAAACCCGGGAGGUUUUAUCAACAGCUUGUCCUCUGGUGAUCCUUAAGACAACCCUCCAGAUCGCCAACUCUUGUUUCGUCCUAGGAUUGAUGGACACUGACUGAUCCAGUUUUUUUAAGAAACAAGUUGAACACGGUCUUAGUGAGGAUACAACAAGCUCUGACAAUUCAUGACUGUGUGGUCAUUCUGUCAAUGAGAUACUUGCAAGCCGGGUGAGUCCAUAUUUAUUUGCAAACCUUGCAUAUAAUACGCUAUCAUUGGAUACCAACUGAUUCGCUCUAACUCGAUAGCAUUGCAAUAUCCAUUGAGAUGAUGUUUUCAAAUUAGACGAUGUUUUCAAGCAUUCCAGUGAUUCUCACUCAACCGGGGAUCAGAUUGACACGUCUGAGUAGGUACACUAAUUAAGGACCAUCACUUCACAAUCCGAAAUGGCAAACCUAGUGACAGACAUAACCGGUCCCAGUCUUGACAAGAUGUUAAACUACUCAGUAACAGCUGGAAGUAACAUUAGUAACAGUGGUAACGCGAGUUUCUACCAGGGUAACGAGAGUAACAAUGGAGGCGGGGCUACACAAGAAGAGAUCCCCUUUUUGUACACCAUCAAGGUCGUGACCUCUGUGCUCUUCAGUCUCGUUUUUGUCUUAGGGGUGUUAGGGAAUACCCUGGUUAUCUUAGCAGCAACUGGACGUAUCAGAGGCCUUCAUAAAACAAUGAGUGUAUUAAUUCUUAAUCUCAGCUUUGCAGAUCUACUGUAUCUCGUCUUCUGUUUACCGUUCCAUGCUACCCUUAUAACAGUACCUUCAUGGAUGUUUGGCGGGUUCAUGUGUAAGAUGGUUCAAUUCCUCAUCUAUGCUUCAAUGUGUGCCAGUAGCUUCACCUUAGUUGCUAUGUCCAUGGAUCGCUACUUUGCCGUAGUACAUCCCCUGAAGUUCUUUGGGGUACGCACCCUUCGAAACGUGAUUUGUGUGAUAUCUUUCAUAUGGGCUCUUGCGAUAGCUUGUGCUGCUCCGUUUUUAUUUGUAUUUGAGACUUUUGAUAUGUUGGAUGCUAACGGGGAUGAAGUGUCGUAUUGCGUUGAGGUAUGGCCUGAUGAUAACCCUAGAGAUGAUAUCAAGUUAUCAAGACGUUAUUUCUAUACCUUUCUGUUCGUCAUAAGUUACAUGCUACCCUUACUCCUGAUGAUCACAUCCUACCUACUCAUCUUACGAGCUCUGUGGACGACUUUCAAACCAAGUGAAGAUUCCGAAUCCUCAGCCAACAAUGCAAAGAAGAAGGUGACACUAAUAGUAAGUGUUGUCGUACUAGCCUUUGGUAUAUGCUGGUUACCUCAUCAUAUCAUGUACAUGUGGAUCCUUUACGGGGAUUUCCCUUUUACUGACGGUACCCUUGUUCUUAAAGUUACUGAAAUCAUCAUGUCUAGCUGUAACUCAUGUCUUAACCCCAUUAUUUAUUCAAUCAUGUCGGAGAACUUUCGACAAGCUUUGAGGAGGUAUCUCCGAAGAUGUACAAGCUCACGAGAGAGGACUAAGGUAGUGCCACGUCAUCGCAGGAUGAAGCUUCUUAACAGAGCAAAACGGUUUCAAGUUUGUUAAAACUGUCAAAAUGUUAAAGUCAAUUGCUUCAUAUGGGCCGUAAUAUAACAAUAACUUAUUGACAUUGAGGAAAACUGCCUGCGGAUAUAAUUGAUCCGGAUCAGUGAUCGUGUUCAGAUUUCUGCACCAAAGUUGAAGUCUGAAUAGUCCGGAAAUUCGGGCCAAACAAAUGCUUCUACAAAAAAUCCGGGUAAAAGUUUGAUUCGGAUGUCGAGUCAGGGAUCCCGGACCAAUAUUUGAUCCCGGCAGUGCAGAAAUGUCAAGUGCUUUAAAAUCAUACAUUUUGUGUGGUAACCUAACGUAGUGUC